AGAGUGAGAGAGAAACAGAGAGAGAGAGACACACAGAGGCUGUUUCUUGACGGCGGACCGUUAUUGUCACGUUGUGCAAAUCCACCCCGGCUGUCCCACCAUCUCUCUCCAGAAAAAAACGCCGACAUGGGGAAGGUUAUGGGAGGAAUGAAGUGCGUGAAGUACCUCUUGUUCGUGUUCAACUUCAUAUUCUGGUUAAUGGGAUCCUUUGUUCUUGCAGUGGGACUGUGGCUCCGUUUUGACCCUGAAACGGUUUCUCUGCUCAGUGGUGAUAAGGCCCCAGAUACCUUCUUUAUUGGCGUGUACAUUCUGAUUGGUGCUGGAAGUUUGGUGAUGCUGGUUGGCUUCUUCGGCUGUUGUGGAGCAGUUCGAGAAUCUCAGUGUCUGCUGGGUUCAUUCUUUGCCUGUCUGCUGGUCAUUUUCGGGUCUGAGGUUGCAGCGGGAGUGUUCGGAUUUUUAAACAAGGACAAGAUAAUUGCAGAUAUCCAGAACUUCUACAAAAACACUUACAACGAAAACAGCAACAGCACUAUGAUCCUAUCUUAUCAGAAAGUGCUGAACUGUUGUGGCAGUGCAGCGAGCCCGUGCCCUGAUUCCGAACCAGAUAUUAAGGACUGUGAGGCAGGAAUCCAAGACUUCUUCAACAAUAAGCUGUACAUCAUCGGUUAUGUGGGCAUCGGCAUCGCUGGAGUGAUGAUCAUUGGGAUGAUCUUCAGCAUGGUGCUCUGCUGUGCCAUUCGCAACAGCAGAGAAGUCAUCUGAGCACAGCUCCUCCGUCCAGAGUCUAAUGACACUUCAGCACUUGAAUUAAUUCUCAGCCGCUAUCACUCAUCCACACGGGGAACCCUAUAAGUAGAACGCAUUCUAAGAGAUGAUUUCCAUGAUGGUGCUCGUUUCCUCUCUCCUGGCUGAGUGUUUGACAUUAUUUAACCCGACCUACAAUGUUUAUUUUUAGCCACAGGCCACACGGAGUAACCUAGCUUUUUGUAACAUUCCGAUCACACUUUCCCAUUCCAGGUGGGAAAAUUGCAGUUUAUGUUGACCGGACAAUCUUCCAACCAUUUGGCAACCAGAUUUGAACCCACAUACUGUCACAGCAGUGUCAGUGCCUUCUCACACCGCCUUGACACUGACCCUCCGGCUGUGGGAAACUUUAGCCAGAUAGAGCAAUCUGAGGUCAAUCGGAGUUUGCUUAUCUGUCAUAAGCACACACACCUCAGUGAAAUGCUAAAUGGCCUCUGGCUAAAUAUUUGUUGUAUAAACAGAAAAAAAAAAAUCUCCAUAAACAGCUACACAUACAGUUUGAACGUUUCGCUUUGCUUUCAACAAAGCCUGCGCACACGUGCAAGAUUAUCCAGGAAAUUCCAGGAAUGUCAACUUUUACAGAGCUAAAAAUGACUGGAAAAGGAAUUUUGUAUAACAUAAAACAUUAUUCACUGAAAUCAGUCUUUGAACCAGCGUCACACAAUGUUAAACUACCACAUCGAAAAUAGAAAAGGAAACUAUACAUUUUUCUGUGGCAUAAAGGGAACUUUCAUACCUUUUCCUUCUCAAUGAAUAUGCUGAAUUACAUAAGAUGGUAAACCCUUUGGUCUCCGUUGACUGUGUAAUGUUACUAAAAUGGUCUUGCCAUGUUUACGGGCUAAAAAUAUACCAUUAAGUAAACUGAGAACAGUCGGUGAGACUCCCACUGCCAUCUGUUAUUCCCCUUUGUGCCUUAAAAGUGCGCCUCCCCUGACAAGAAAAAGUGAAAAGUAAUUACUCUGUAUAUUGCUCUUAGUUACUUAACUUAUUAGGUUAACCUGGUGGUUAGCACUGUCAGCUCAGAACUAAAAAAAUGUUGUUUUAAAUCCUGGAUUUAACCUUUCUCGAUGUGAAAUUCUACCCGUGUUUGGAUGGGUUUUCAGAUUCGUCCUACCUUCCUCCUACCUUUACUAUAAUUUACUCUGGAAGUGGGUAUUGACAUGUGUGGUUGUCUCUGUGUGGCCCUGUGACUGACAGGCAACUUGUCCAGGGUGCAGUCUGUCUCUUGCACCCCUCAGUGACCCUGAAUUAGAUACAAAUGGUUAUAGAAAUUGUAUGCAUAGUCGCUGUUCAUACUGUAACAUUUAAUCCACGUGUCAGGACUUUAUUAUGUAAAUAUCUUCUUUUUCUUUUAGUUUUAGUUGUACAUAAGUUGUGGCUGAUGUGAUAAUUACUAUUUAACAGUGUGUAGACACGUGUUUACUGUAGUUGUACAAUGUCGUAGUAAUGACAGUGUUUGCGAAGGUCAAAGCAAAUCACAGUAAAAUGUUUCUUAAUGUGCCUUCUUUAUAACAAUGUAUCUGGUGAGAUACAGGCUGUCUGUAGGUCACAAAUUACUGUGUUCUGUUCAUAUAGGUUCAACAAAAGGCAAACGCCACCACAUUUGUUAUGAUGCAUGUUAAGUGCAUGUCAAAAGUUUGGCUGAAAUAGUUCAAGCAGAAUUCUGAAAUAAAAAAAUAUCAGCCUCAAACCCAAAAUAAUUUUGGGUUUUGAUUUGUCUUUGUCUUUCGGUAGAAUAUGACUCCAAUUUGAUGACGAUAACCGGUCACACAGUACUUCCGGAUGCCAGGUGGCAGUGUUUACUCUGACUACACAAAAGAGAGCACUAGUCUAUCGCUUCAGAGGCUCAAUGAGCUUCAGUGUUUACCGCCACUCACUCCAAAGACUUUUGCUGUGUUCCCUUGAAACAUUUGUGACACUAAAUCUGGACACAUUCAUACAGACGAUUGUGUUAAUUUAUUUCAGUACCAUUCCAGGGAUCUCAGGAAUAGAGGUGUUUGAAGUUUAAUAAAUUUGCUGAAACUUUAUAGAGUCCUUGUCUUCUGUCCUCAGAGAGAUUAACAACUGUAACUUACUUUCUGUCACAACAGGGUCUCUGAUCGUUGUCUGACUGUCUUUUACUUGAAGACUUUGCAAAUAAAAACUGAAAGUGAAUCUUCAAACAUGAAUUCAAAA